CUUAGGUGUGUAGCUGACACCUGCUCCUAAAUAUUUUCAAAGUGAUAAUUACACAUCUCCUAAUACACCUCGUGCGUGCCAAAUUACUCAAUCGGGCCGUGAGAUACACUGUUCAGUGUGUGGACACGGCUUUACGGGGUGCGCACAUGUGAGCACAACGUGCCUAGGGCCAGAGUGACGUGACGUCUUUACGAAAUUUUCGCGUUGAUUUUCCCGUUUCUGAUUAUGUGGUUGAGUCGGUUACGAUGAGGCAGACUGUAUUCUGAUUGUCAUUAACGAGUGCCAUCCAUCGUUUUUAUCGGCGAAAAUUGGCAUCCAGAGUCGAGUCGCAUUCGGAAAAAUGGACAGUGAAGUGGAAAUGGAUCUGACCACCAGGCAGAGGGGACAAGAAAACUCCUGUAAGAUACGAACGGCCAAAUCGGUGUUUUCCAUCAGCAAUCUGGUGGAUGUCGAUGAAAAUCAAAUCGAAGGGGAUGAUCAGAAUGGCCGCCAUGCUGAAUCAGCUGAAUCGAAAGAAACCCCAGAUAACAUGGGAAUUUCCGAAGAAAUAACGCCGAACGCUGGAAUCGAACCCCGUUCACUACCAGCCGAUCAGAGUGACGGCAGUGAGGCGGAAACUGAUGAGUUUGCACCCAAAAGGAAGCAGCGUAGAUAUCGGACAACUUUCACCAGCUACCAGCUGGAGGAGUUGGAGAAGGCAUUCUCUAGGACGCAUUAUCCAGACGUUUUCACACGCGAGGAACUUGCUAUGAAGAUAGGACUCACGGAGGCAAGGAUACAAGUUUGGUUCCAAAAUAGAAGAGCUAAAUGGAGAAAGCAGGAAAAGGUAGGGCCCACUGGCCACCCAUACAACCCCUAUCUCACUACCAGCACUGGAGCACCUGCCCAAUCUGUUGUAGCCUCCAGUCUACCGAACCCUUUCAACCUGCCGUUUGGUCUUCGGAAACCCUUCGAUGCUCUUUCAUUUCGGUACCCCCCUCACGUGCUUCCUGGGUAUCUACCCUCACCGCCACCAUACCACAGAGGAGCUCCACCGCAUCUCUUACCUCCUUCUGUUGGCCUGUACCCAUCAGCGAGCUCUUUCCAGACCCUUCUGGCCAAUAUAUCCGCAGCUCAAAGACCGAAAUUGCCCCCACCACAAGAGUUUGCAGCUUCUCCACCUCUAUCCCCAGAGACUUCCAGUGCUGUAACACCUCCAGAUGUGGACAGAAGAACUUCUAGUAUAGCAACUUUAAGACUCAAAGCUAGGGAACACGAGCUCAGAUUGGAAAUGCUCAGGCAGAACGGGGACUUGAUUAGUUAAUGGGUGUUUCUGGUGAAUGAGGUUUCACAAAUUGGUUUUGCUAAUUCUAGAGACGUCCUGAUGGACUACCAUGAAGAGAUAUGUUUGGUAGUUUGAGCAAGACUAGUACUUUUAAGAUCAACGAAAUUCUUCUGCUAUGAAAGAGUCUGCAACGACUUGCAUAUCAGUCGAGUUUGAAAAUUUAAGCUGAAUCUUUUCAGUUGAAAUCCGUGCAACAAGCGAUAAAUGAAUAUCAGCUCCAUAUCCAAUAAUUCUGAAGACUAAUUUGUGACUUCUGCAAGAAAAAUAACACUCAAAUGUCUUAUGGAAUGAGUGUAUCAUUCAUCAGAACUUAUGAUGUGUUUAUGUGUAAAUUCCAGAAAAUAUAAUCAUCCAAGGCAUCAUGUAGCUAUCGAUUUAUAAUGAAGUUAGUUUUUAUAUUUUUUGUACAGUUAAUUUGUUAAUGAAUUACUUUAAGGAAAUCGAAUAUUGUUAAAGUCUCAGUAUUUAAUGAAAGUAUAUGUAUAUAAUCAAUAAGAUAACGAAUCCGUCCUGUGAAGUAUUUGAACAAUAAAAAGUUUUCAUGCAA